AUGACGAGCGUCGACGAGCUCUUCAAAAAGCCACUGCCUGCAGGCGGCUCCAAGCGCAAGUUUGAGCCUGUCCAGGACCCUAAUGAGCUAUACAAAGCGGCAAAGCUGGACUCCAAUGGCGACGUGAAGUCAAAGGGCAAGGGAGCCAUGGUGGAGGACGAGUUUGACGAGGACGAUGGCGAGGCUGGACCUGAACUACCUCCGGAUUUUGAGGAAGACAUUCCCGACGAUGAGGAGGGCCGCUUUUUCGGUGGUGGCAUGGAGCAGAAGACUGCCCAGGCCAUGCAAUAUAUCGAUCAAAACGAAGAGGAAGAAGUUGCGCCCGAGAAAUUCGAUGCCGCCUGGGUGCGCCGUUUCGCUUUGAACUUUGAGAAAAAGAUAUCCAAGAACGCCGAGCUUCGUGCCAAAUUCGAGAAUGACCCGCAAAAGUUCAUGGCAUCCGAAGCCGACCUCGACACCGAGAUCAAGGGACUGUCUAUUCUGUCAGAGCACCCUGAGAUCUAUGAAGAAUUUGCCAAGAUGGGCUGCGUCGCCUCAUUGGUCUCGCUACUGUCUCAUGAGAAUGCGGAUAUUGCCAUUGGUGCCAUCCAGAUUAUCGGUGAACUAACAGAUGAGGAUGUCGAGGCUGAACAGGAGCAGUGGGAUAGCCUUGUUAAUGCUAUGAUGGAUGCCGACCUUAUCGAACUCUUGACUCAAAAUCUCUCGCGCCUAGACGAAGGCGCAGACACUGACAGGACGGGUGUCUACUACAUUCUGAGUGUUCUGGAAAAUCUAUCAUCCCAAUCCCCACUCGCAGAGAAGAUUGGACAAGAUGCUGCCAUUUUGCCUUGGAUUCUAUCCCGCAUACAGCAGAAAGAAACCCCGGUGUCCCAGAACAAGCAGUAUGCUGCGGAGAUUCUCGCAAUUCUCCUGCAGUCUUCACCAAAAAAUCGAGAGAAGUUUGUUGGUCUUGACGGUGUCGAUGCCCUCCUUCAACUCCUGAGCCAAUAUCGCAAGCGGGACCCGCCAAAGGACUCCGAAGAGGAGGAAUAUGUGGAAAACCUGUUUGACUCCCUGGCUUGCCUCGUCGACGAUGACGCUGGGAAUGAGAAGUUCCUCGAUGCAGAGGGCAUUGAACUUGCUCAAAUUAUGCUCCGAGAGAGCAAGUUCAGUAAGCCUCGAGCUCUCAAGAUUCUCGACCAUGCUCUCGGUGGUGCAGGAGGAGGCUCGGCAUGCGAGCGACUUGUUGAAGCGGCAGGGUUGAGAACAAUCUUUGGAAUGUUCAUGAAAAAGCAAGAAGGUCAAAAUAUUGAGCAUCUGCUGGGUAUAUUCGCUUCUCUUCUUCGUCUUCUACCCGGUGGUUCUGCUCCGCGGAUUCGAGCACUCGCCAAGUUCAUGGAGAAGGAUUACGAGAAGAUUGAGAAACUCAUCAAGUUGAGACGAGAAUAUGCCGCUCGUGUAUCUCCCGUCGAGCAGGCAAUUGAGAAGGAGCGUAAAGGUCUUUCUCAAGAUGAUCAGGACUUUAUGGCUGGAGAGUGGUUGUCACGCCGGUUUGACGCUGGUCUAUUCUCUUUACAGACUAUCGAUGUCAUCCUGGCAUGGCUGGUUGCCGAAGAUGAUGGAGCGAAGAAGAAGGUUGUCUCUCUUUUGGCAGACCGGGAUGAGGAUCUGUCCUUGGUUCGGAGCACUCUGCAAGAACAAUUGGAAGGGCUUGGAGAUGAGGACCAGGGUCAGAAAGACUUUAAGGAUAUGCUGAGCACUUUGCUUCAAUUUGUGUAA